AUGAGCAGCAGCAGCAGUGACUCAGCAGAGAGCCAAGGCGAGCAGAACCAAGGCGUGGGACAGGACGUGGCAGUGGCCGACGGUCAGCGUGUUCAGAUGGCAAUGUUUGGAGCUAUCAGUGAGUUUGUGGAGGGAGACGAAGAAUGGACGGAGUACGAGGAAAGGUUGGGACACUUUUUCUCUGCAAAUGACAUUACGGAGGAGGCUAAAAAGCGCUCCAUUCUCCUGAGUGUGUGUGGGGCAAAGACCUACAAAUUAAUAAGGAACUUAGCCACUCCACGGAAACCAGGAGAUUUGUCUUAUGAUGACAUUGUCCUUCUCGUGGCAAACCACCACAACCCAAAACCCUCUGUAAUUGUGCAACGGUUUAAAUUCCACAGCCAUUUCAGGAGGCAAGGUCAGUCAGUGUCCAACUUUGUAGCCGAGCUACGCCAGCUAUCUGAACAUUGUGAUUUUGGAGCAGUGCUUGAUGACAUGCUCCGUGAUAGAUUAGUCUGUGGCAUUAAUGAGAACGCCAUUCAGCGCCGCCUGCUGGGGGAAACGCCACCAUUGACUUUUCAGAAGGCCUUUGACAUUUCCCAGGGCAUGGAAAUGGCUGCAAAUGAUGUCAAGGAUAUCCAAAAAGGAAAUGGGUCACAGGCAGGGGCAGUGUACCAAGUCAGGAAAGAGACUGGUAGGCCAGGAAAACGGGUGGAGUGCUUUAGGUGUGGGGGGUCACACUAUGCAAAUGACUGUAAAUUUAAAGAUGCUGUCUGUCAUGCAUGCAAUAAGCGGGGCCAUUUGGCAAAAAGGUGCAGAAGCUCUAAGGGCAGAGUUAAGCCUGGGGGGAGGAAACCUCAGCAGUCCCAGGAACAAGCAGCCACACACCACCUAGAAGAGGAGGAGGGGGAGGCUGCGUGUUCAUAUAACAUGUAUGGCGUGGAAACAGACGAGGAGCCACCUGAGCCGUAUUAUGCUACUGUGGCCGUUAAUGGCCAAGACAUUAAGUUUGAAAUUGAUUCCGGAGCUACGGCCUCAGUCAUAAGUGAGGAGACCUAUAGGGCGUCGUGGGGGCCAAGUCUGCCUCCUAUCAGGCCAUCAAAGCUCAAGCUCAGGACUUAUACGGGCCAGCCCAUACCUCACUUGGGGGUGUUAUAUGUGGACAUUGCAACUGGGGGCCAGAGAGCUGCAGCCAGGCUGGUGAUAGCCACAGGGAGCGGUCCUAGUCUAUUGGGCCGUGAUUGGCUUCGCAAACUCCGCUUGAACUGGCAUGAAAUUAAGUAUGCCCACACACACUCAAUGGAGGACAUUCUGCAGCGCUACAGUAAGGUGUUCAAGGAUGAGCUGGGCACAUUGAAGGGCGUGGCAGUGAAGCUGCAUAUGGACUCUGACGCCAAGCCACGGUUCUUCAAGCCCAGGCCAGUGCCUUAUGCCAUGAAAGGUAUUGUGGAAGAGGAACUGAACCGUCUGCAGAAAUUGGGCAUUAUAGAGCCUGUUCAAUUUUCCAGGUGGGCAGCUCCUAUUGUUCCAGUGUUAAAGGAAGAUAAAACGGCAAGGAUAUGCGGGGACUACAAGCUGACAGUGAAUCAAGGUUCUACGCAGGAGGAGUAUCCGUUGCCACGCGUCGAUGACCUUUUCGCGAACCUGUCAGGGGGGAAGCUCUUCACGAAGCUGGACAUGAGCCAUGCCUACCAGCAGUUGCUGCUGGACGAGGAGUCUAAGGAGUUUGUCACCGUCAACACACACAAGGGGUUAUUCAAGUACAACCGCCUAGUGUUUGGAGUGGCAUCCAGCCCUGCCAUUUUCCAAAGAACCAUGGACACUUUGCUGCAGGGGAUUCCUCAUGUGGCCGUGUUUCUUGAUGACAUCUUGAUCACGGGGGCCACGGAGGAAGAGCAUCUGGCCAACCUUGAGCAGGUGCUGAAAAAGAUGCAGGAUGCUGGCCUGCGGUUGAAACGUCGCAAGUGUGUGUUCAUGGCACCCAGUGUGACCUACCUAGGUCACAAGGUCACAGCCGAGGGGCUUUGGCCCUUGGAGGACAAAGUGCGAGCCAUUAAGGAGGCACCAAGCCCAAAGUCUGUACCCGAACUCAGAUCAUUUCUUGGUCUAGUGAACUAUUAUGGCAAGUUCCUGCAGGACCUCUCCCAGGUCCUGGCCCCACUGUACAAGCUGCUGCACAACGACACUAAGUGGCAGUGGGGGAAAGAUCAGGAGAGAGCAUUCAGAGAAGUGAAAGGGCUACUCCACUCCGCAAAAUUGCUUGUUCACUAUGACCCAGCCAAAGAGAUCACGCUUUCCUGUGAUGCCUCGCCCUAUGGCGUGGGGGCAGUACUCUCCCAUAUAAUGGAGGAUGGAUCUGAGAAGCCCAUUGGGUUCGCCUCCCGCACCCUGAACUCGGCCGAGAGAGGUUACUCUCAGUUGGACAAGGAGGGGCUGGCCAUUGUGUUCGCUGUGAAACGGUUCCAUCAGUACCUGUAUGGCCGUUCAUUUACCAUCUACACGGACCAUAAACCGCUGAUGAGCCUGUUCAGCGAGUCUAAAUGCAUUCCACCGCUGGCCUCAGCGAGAAUACAGCGUUGGGCCCUCACCUUGUCCGCCUACCAGUACACAAUUGUGUACAGAGCAGGUAAAGAUAAUUCAAAUGCAGAUGCACUGAGUAGACUGCCUUUACCUGAUACACCUGCUAGUUCAUAUGUGCCGCCCGAGACUGUGUUUUCCUUGCAGAGAGUGGCGGAGACACCUGUGAAGGCAGCCCAGAUCAGACAGUGGACGGACAGAGAUCCAGUGCUGUCUCAAGUAAAGACUUUCCUGUUGCAGGGGUGGCCCGGUGCAGUGGAGAGUGAGGCUCUCAAACCCUAUGCAAAGCGAAAGACUGAACUGAGUUUGCAAGAUGGAUGCAUUCUGUGGGGCGCGAGAGUGGUCGUGCCACGGCCAGCUCGUCCACGGAUUGUGGAGGAGAUUCACGAGACUCACCCAGGGGUGUCUCGGAUGAAGAGCUUUGCAAGGUCCUAUGUCUGGUGGCCGAAAAUGGAUCUGGAGCUGGAGUACAAGGUGAAAUCAUGUACACAAUGCCAGAUUAACCAAAACCUGUCACCACCAGCACCACUGCACCCAUGGGAGUGGCCAGACCGUCCAUGGUCUAGGCUGCAUGUGGACUUUGCAGGCCCUUUUAUGGGGCAGAUGUUCCUGAUCAUGGUCGACGCCCAUUCCAAAUGGAUAGAGGCCCACAUCAUGAGCAACAUCACCGCCCCAUCAACCAUAGGUAAACUCAGGCAAGUGUGCCACGGAUUGCCGGAUUCUCUGGUGAGUGAUAAUGGCCCGACGUUCACCAGUGAGCUGUUCAGUGAUUUCUUUCAGCAGAAUGGCAUUCUUCACAUCCGGACUGCUCCUUUCCAUCCGGCUUCAAAUGGAUUGGCAGAGAAGGCGGUUCAGACAGUGAAGGCGGGCCUGAAGCGGUUGACAGGAGACUCCAUCAGCACCCGGCUGUCACGUUUCCUGUUUAACUACCGCCUCACUCCACAGACAACUACGGGACGCACACCAGCAGAGAUGUUGAUGGGCCGUCGGCCCAAGUCUAAACUGGACCUACUGCGUCCAGACCUGAAAGCAAAGGUGGAGAGGAAGCAGGAGAAAAUGAAAGAGGGACAUGAUCAACAUGCCCGAGAAAGACAGUUGAAACCAGGUGACAAUGUCUAUGUGAAGGACUUUAGCCAUAACAACAACCAGAAAUGGCUGCCUGGGGUCAUCCGUAGGCAGAGUGGUCCAGUCUCACAUGUGGUCAAACUGAGGGACGGACGGGAGUUUCGCAGACAUCAAGACCAUGUGCGCCUGCGUUAUGAUGCCAGUCCAGACACAGAGACAGUCACACAGUUGCCAUCGGGGAGUUCUCCGACUGAGGGAGCAGGUGGAAUGAUGCCUGUACCUGAGAGAGACACCCUAGCAGAGCUGUCUGUGCCCCCUGAACAAAAAGACGAUUCUUCUACACAUGCACGGACUCCUCUCAUGUCUCCAUCACCAAUGCCUCCAAAACCACCAUCACCAGUGACUGUGAGAACACCUGUAGUGCGCAAAUCACAGUGGGCUCAUAGACCUCCGGACAGACUGGUUCUUUAA